GUUCGCGGCUCGGCUCCGGGCGGAGCUGGGUGGGCCUGAGGCCAGACCGAGAGGCCCCGGGGUGGUGAGCGCGGCCCCUACCCAGCACUCGCAAAGGAGGGUCGCAAAGCCGCGGGCGUUCCCGGAGGUAGUUGUUGCGAACCUGGCAGUUGAGGGCAUCAUGGUAGGCUUGAAGAGGAAACACUCAGAUUUGGAGGAGGAAGAAGAGGAUGAGAAGUGGGACUGGAGUCCCACAGGCCUUCGGAGCUACCAGCAAGCCCUGCUCCGCAUCUCCCUAGACAAAGUCCAGCGAAGCCUGGGCCCCCGAGCACCCAGCCUUCGAAGGCAUGUCCUCAUCCACAACACCCUCCAACAACUCCAAGCAGCGCUUUGCCUGACGCCUGCACCUGCCCUGCCCCCCGAGCCCCUCUUCCUGGGCGAGGAGGACUUCUCCCUGUCGACCACCAUCGGCUCUAUUCUCAGGGAGCUGGAGACCUCCAUGGAUGAGACUGAGCCCCCUCCCAAUCCAGUGGCUCCCCCAGGUCCCCAGAAUGAAGUAUUGCCCCAGCCCGAUCCGGUCUUCUUAGAAGCUCUGAGCUCCCGGUACCUAGGGGACUCCGGCCUGGAUGACUUCUUCCUGGACAUUGACACAUCGGCAGUGGAGAAGGAGCCUGCACUGACCCCACCCGAGCCUCCUCACAACCUCUUCUGUGCCCCAGGUUCCUGGGAGUGGAAUGAACUAGAUCACAUCAUGGAAAUCAUUCUGGGAUCCUAAAACUUUGAUGGGGAGGGGGCGCUCCUUCCCCAUCUCAGCCUUGGUGGGCUGAAAUCCCUGGAUGCAACUCUGUGUGUGUGUGUUUAUAUGGAGGCUUUAAGCAGUAACUGUGGCCUCCUUUGCUCCCAUUUCAGGGUUCCACAAACUGUCUUGCAUGUGUGUGUGUGUCUGGUUAUCGCAGCCUUCUGUGAAGGUGGGUCUUCCUGAAUUAAUUUAUCUGUUGCAAAUGCCUUAAUGAGACUCUGUUUCUGGGAGUCUGAUUUCCCACGUCCACAUUUCUUCUGCCUUUCCCUCCAGUUCCUACUCCCCUCGUGUCCCCUGGGGCCUCAGGGAAGAUAAGCUGGGCCUGUCAAAGGAUGACAGGGAGGUGCUGCCUGGUUGCUAUGGAAACCCAGCUUCUGCCUCUUGCACCUCUAGGGAAUGGGAGGGGCUGGCCUCCUCCCCAGGCUGAACCCCACCUCCUUCAUAGGACCCCAGUCCCAGCAGCCUCCUGAUUCAUGACCAGGCCGGACCACGUGCAAUAGGGUGGAAACCAAACUGCUCCAUGCCGCAUUAUUUAAUAGAAAGGCAGGUUUUGUGGUGGGUUUUUUUGUUUUGUUUUCUGAUUGUAAUUUUUUUUUUUUUAAUAAAAGUAUUUUGGAAGGGG